AUAUUUGUGAUGGUCUUUUUUGGCUCAGUUUUGAUUCUGGAUUAGUUUAUACUUAGCUACCUGGAGGCCUGGAAGAAAGUUGGAAAAAACGCUGAUCAACGACUUUCACUUUCGAGAAUCCAAAACAAACAAGAUGGCGUCUAUUAAUACGAGGGAAGUGUUUGCAGAGAAAAUAUGUAUUGUUCGUUCAAAACUUAAUAAGGAAAAGAUAAAGUUGUGGCUUCCACCUUUUACUACUGAAAAUGGAGAAAAGGGCGAUGUGCCUAUGGAUCUUGUUAUCCGGUUUGUUAAUGAACUGAGAAUACCAGAAGAAAUUAUUUUGCAAAUUUUUGAGCAACUACGCAUUCAUGCUAUAUCAAAAUUGAAAUCUCGAGAAACAUUUACAAGCACUGGUAUUGCAACACUGCAUUUGCAUCUUCAAUGGGUUGACAGCAACAGUCGAAGACAGAAAAUGGAUACAACUGUUGCCAUAAAGUUGGAUGAAAGUGGCUCUCAUUUAUGUGAAAUGUUACAAAAGGAAGUUUUAACAGAUGAGUUCAACUUGGAAAGCAUGAGAAUGAUUCACAAAGGCAGAAUUAUUGAUCAUGGCACUUCCCUCUCAACCCAGAAUGUAACGAAUGGUGCAAAUAUCAUGGUCAUUUUAACUCUGAAACAGUCGUAUUCUUGUGAUGACGAGGUAUCAACAUCCAAUCGUGCUGCUGAAACAAAAAAGAUUGUUGAAGCUCUUGCUAAACGAACUGAUGGGGGCCGUGGAAAACAUGAUCAUUUUUUUCUGGAAAUAAACGACCAACAAGGAAAUAAAAUUCAUUUACCUGAAGAGGAGAGAAAGAGUUUGAGUGUUGCUAUGACUCUGCAUGAAAAAGGCAGAGUAUUACUAAAACAGAAGAAAUUUCUUGAAAGUUUGUCAAUGUUUUUGGAGGCAGAUCAAGAAUUCAGGAACUGCAGAUCAGAACUGUUGAACGCCGUGGAUAAUUAUGCUGUGUUGUGUCUCGAUAUUGUUUGGUGUUAUUUUUCACUGCAAAAAUUGGAUUAUUUACCAGAUGCAGAAGAGAAGUUGAGAGUUUGUAAAGACUGUCUUAGUAAAAGCUACGGACCAAAUCUGGAGAGGUUGACGUUUGUAAAGGGAAGCGAUAUGAAUGAGUUGGCGUUAUUUGUUCGUGUACAUCUACUUGAAGCUAUAUGUAAUUACUUGCGUGGAAAUAACGAAGAAGCUUCUGAUGCUUUGAACAAGGCUGAAGUGCAUAUUAAAAGACUUGAAGUGGACGACGACAAAUUUUCACAACUAGUUUCGAUGGGAUUUUCCACCAGGGAGGCUAGGCUAUCGCUGCGUGCUUGUAGGGGUGACGUCACACUGGCGAUUGAAUGGAUUUCAAGAAGAAAAGAAGAAAUGUUGGCACGCAAAGAAAGGGAAAGAAAAGAAAAAGAAGAUCGCAAAUCAGCUAGAAAGUUUGGAUGGACAACAUCGGGCGAUUUGGUGAAUAUGGAGUAUGUUAGAAAUUUGACAGAAAUGGGAUUUUGUCACGAGAUAUCUUUGGCAGCCAUCAAACGAAGCAAUAACAAUAUUAACGAUGCACUUGAAAUACUGCAGAAUAAUCCUGACACGCUGUUGAUGGAACAAACUUCCUUUCCGAAGCAUAUGACGCAACAGUUUGUGGCCAUUGGCUUUCCAUUACCAUUAGUCGAGAAAACAUUGAAAAAAUGGAAUGGUGACGUCAACAAAUGUAUGGAGGAGUUGCUAAAACAACAAACCGAAAAAUCGACAAAUUUGAAUAACGAUGCUUCACCGUCAGCUGCAAUUGAUAAUGAAACUGAAAAUUCAUCUUCAAUGGAAGCAUACGAUGAAAAUUCUAUCUCUGAUGAAAGUUCAGAUGAAGACGACAAUGAAAUAGACUUAAAGGUAGCUGAAACGCUAAAAGACAUUGCUCAAAAUCCGGAUGAUGAUUAUCUUGACUUGACAUUAGAAGAAGAAGCAGAACUUUUAAAUAAAUACAGGUUACUGAUAGCGACAUCUAGUCAAAAUUAAUAGUUAUGUAUUGACCUUUUUUCUUUUUUCAAGAUAAAAUAGAACAACAACAUUGAA